AAGCACACCUUUAAGUCAUGUGUAAUCCCUUCCAAAGGGCGACUAGGGUGAAGCGAAUUUCCAAGUUAGCAGCCUUGUUAGGUUGCUUGAUAUUUCCAUCAUGGCCGGAAGCGACAGUGGCAGAGAGCAAAGCAAGUGGCCAGCUAAGCUUCAUACCGACGGAGAAUACUCAUGGGGGAGAUUCGAGCUCACCGGCACUGGGCAGAGACCAUCCCAACCUGAUCUUUGCCUCCUUUGCCGGUCUGCUCCAACAAUGGCCGAACACGUUUGCCUAUAGUGGCCACUCGAUCAUCCCGGGCGUCGUACCGCGGGGCACGUUACUCUAUCACGGGACGAACGAUCCGGUGCUUGCGCCCACCCAGAGCCUCGAAUGGCUUGCCUUCAACCCCGAGUACAGCUACAUCAUCCACACCCGUCGACCGGGUCAUCUCACCCUACAUACAUACCUUGCCACCCGGCCUCUUCGUAUCAUCUAUCUCGACGGCCAGAGCGCCUCUCUGGGCACACCCGGCUUUUCAGAUAGUCAAACUGUCCUCAUCAAUGGGACUGUCCCCAAGGAGCUUUCCGACACAGGCGAGCGGCUGCUUAAUGAAGCUUAUGCCCGUGCCCGCGGUCUUUGUAAACUCGGAAAGGAAUGGGGCUUUGAAGGCGUGGUGCGGAUGAACACUUGUUUCGAAGUGAUGUGGUGUGAUUUCACCCAGGGAGUCAAGCUUCUCAGGAGUACGAAUACCACCGAUCCUUUUGAUGCUUAUUCCGAUCCGAGAGAAUCUCAAGCGUCCAUCAAAUCGUCUGAGAGUAACGAUUCAGCGGAGGAAUUUCUCCUCAAUCGAACUGAUACCUUUAGUCCUCUUCUUUCUGAUGGGAUCCAGAAAGACUUUCAUGAUCAAAAAAUCGAGGUUUUUGGAGCCAAAAAUGGAUCGGACAAGAUACAUGGACCAGAGAAUCACGAGGAAAUCAAAAAAAGUGGGAACCGUACCAAGAAUUUGAUGGCACACGUGACACGACAAGAGCCGAUAAACUCGCCAUUCUAUCUUCGAGGACCCGCAUACUACUACCGAGCCGCAAGUCACCAGUUCUUUUGGCCCGGAGAAGCCCGGGUGAUCUUAGACCCCAGUGGGUUCAUAAGUUUCUACGAUCGGAUUGACAGUUUGAGCGAGAAAAGGAAGGCCGAAGGGACCGUGAAUGGCCCCCGAGUUGCUCAUCGAUUGGAUGGAAUCAGUGCACAUGAUGUCCAGAAGAUCAAAGAUCGAUUGCUCAAUGUGCUUGCCCGUAAGAACGCCGAGGAUUGGCAGAUCGACUCCGAUCGGUUGGAUUGGAGGACGUUGGUGAACACGAUCGUUCAGACUUAUAGCAGCCCACUGACCGAGUUGGAGUUCCUUCUCCAACGGGAGGACAUGACCGUCAUCGAACGGGUGGUCGAAGUGCGUGGCUUGACAUACGGCAUCAUACUCCCUUAUGUCGAUUUCUCGUCCUGGAAUGAUACCGGCACCAGCAAGGAUCCCACUUGGCUCCAAGAAGGCAUUCAAAAAUGUGCCAAAGGAUUCACAGCUGGGAAUUAUGAUCGUUCUUCAGAACCAAUCACCGAGUCGAUAGAAGUCAUCAUUGGUGCUAUUGAGGGGACUUUGGAACACCUUUGUGGGACGAUCUUUGGCAUCUUCUCGCAGACUAUCGUCGAGAUGGCUCUUCCUAUCGAUUCGCUUGUCACCUCUGAUUCAACAAAGGAGAGUCAUGCCGAAUCCCGGAUCGGUCAAUGGAAACAACAGAUUAAGGAGUUGAUGGUCUGGUUGGGUUGGUCUACGUGGGGCCAUUGUGAUCCUCCCUGCAAAACUAAUGAACUUUGCUUGCCUCCUUUGUGGCCCCUCUUUUGGCUUGAAGGGUUCCCCAAAUUUGAUCAAUUUCCGUUCUGUAAAAUCAUCUCUGGGAAAAACCCUUAACCUUGUUUUUAAAAUUUGUAUGUAUGUAGAUAAAAUGUUGAGAUAAAGCUAUAAAAAGA